AUGGGCACCUCCAAGACUGGCAACAAGUACCUGUUGGUAGUCAAGUGUGACGCCAGCAAGAUGGUCUGGUUAAUCCCGGCUCUCAAGGCCACGGCGAUAUUCGUCAAGGACUGCGUGCUGCAGUGGUCCUCGUGUUUGGCGCGUGCUACGAGUGAGUCCGUGCUACGAGUGAGUCUCUGA